AUGAUUUACUUCUUGAAGUAAUAAUAAAAUUUCACAUUUCCAUCAUAUUUAAUACACAUCAAUAUUCAUUUAAUUGAUACAUAUUUUAAUCAUACUCAAAUAUUUAAUUUUCUUAAACUUCACAAUAAUACUAAAGGUUUGAUCAUACAAUUAACCUUUUAUAAUUUAGUGUUUUGCACUGUGAAAUGUAAAGCAUUAGUAAAAGUUAAUGCACCUGAAUAAGUAUAAAAACAUUCCAUAAAUUAACAUAUGAUUUAUUGUAGAACUUAUGAUUAAAAUUGUAUUCAAAAUAGAAUUUUGAUAAGAAUUCUAACUGUCUUCAUAAUAUAAAGUAAAGCGAGCUACUCCAUCACUCAACUUAAAUAAAAUUUAGUAGUAAUAUCAAGAAAUACCCAAAAUUCUUACAUACUUGACUUUUUUUAAUUUUAUGUGUUUAAAUAUCAGAUGGAUUAAUAAAAAUUGAUUAUUAUUAGGAAUUGCAUAUUAUAAGUAAACAAUUGGUGUCUAUCUGAUUGA